AUGCGCACGGUGCGCUCCAACCUGCUGCCGCCCCCGGGCACCGAGGACCCCGCGGCGGGCGCGGCCAAAGGCGGGCAGCGGCGGCGCGGGUGUGGCCAGCACCUGGCGGACAACCGGCUCAAGACCACCAAGUAUACGCUGCUGUCCUUCCUGCCCAAGAACCUCUUCGAGCAGUUCCACCGCCUGGCCAACGUGUACUUCGUCUUCAUCGCGCUGCUCAACUUCGUGCCGGCGGUGAACGCCUUCCAGCCCGGCCUGGCUCUGGCGCCGGUGCUCUUCAUCCUGGCGGUCACUGCCUUUAAGGACCUGUGGGAGGACUACAGCCGCCACCGCUCGGACCACGAGAUUAACCACCUGGGCUGCCUGGUCUUCAGCAGGGAUGAAAAGAAGUAUGUGACCCGAUUCUGGAAAGAAAUCCGUGUGGGAGACUUUGUGUGCCUCCACUGCAAUGAGAUCAUCCCUGCAGACAUUCUGCUGCUGUCCUCCAGUGACCCUGACGGGCUGUGCCAUAUAGAGACCGCCAACCUGGAUGGAGAGACCAACCUGAAAAGGAGGCAGGUUGUCCGCGGCUUCUCAGAGCUUGUCUCCGAGUUCAACCCCUUGACGUUCACCAGCGUGAUUGAGUGUGAGAAGCCAAACAACGAACUGACCAGGUUUCGUGGUUGCAUCAUACACGAUAAUGGGAAGAAGGCUGGACUCCAUAAAGAAAACCUGCUGCUUCGAGGAUGCACCAUUAGGAACACCGAGGCUGUCGCGGGCAUCGUCAUCUAUGCAGGACACGAAACCAAGGCCCUGCUGAACAACAGUGGGCCUCGUUAUAAGCGCAGCCAGCUUGAGAGGCAGAUGAACUGUGAUGUGCUCUGGUGUGUCCUUCUCCUCGUUUGUAUGUCUCUGUUUUCAGCAAUCGGACAUGGAUUGUGGGUGUGGCGGUAUCAAGAGAAGAAAUCAUUAUUUGACGUCCCUGAGUCCGACGGAAGCUCUUUAUCCCCAGUCACAGCGGCGGUUUACUCGUUCUUGACAAUGAUAAUAGUUCUGCAGGUUUUGAUCCCAAUUUCCUUGUACGUGUCCAUUGAAAUCGUGAAGGUAUGCCAGGUGUACUUCAUCAACCAGGACAUGGAGCUGUACGACGAGGACACAGACUCGCAGCUGCAGUGCCGCGCCCUGAACAUCACGGAGGACUUGGGGCAGAUCCAAUACAUCUUCUCCGACAAAACUGGCACCUUAACCGAGAAUAAGAUGGUUUUCCGGAGAUGCACCGUGUCUGGCGUGGAAUAUUCUCAUGAUGCCAAUGCCCAGCGUCUGGCCAGGUACCAGGAGGCCGACUCGGAGGAAGAGGAGGUGAUGCCCAGAGGGGGCUUAGCAUCCCAGCGAGGCAGCAUUGGGAGCCACCAGAGUGUUCGGAUGACACAUAGACCCCAGAGCAUGAAAUCCCACUGGCGCACAGGCAACCGGGCUGAGGCCAAGAGAGUGGGCAUACUGUCCAAGCGCACGGCCUUCAGCAGUCCCAUGGAGAAAGACAUCACUCCCGACCCAAAGCUGCUGGAGAAGGUGAGUGAGUGUGACAGGUGCCUGUCCCUGGCGCGGCACCAGGAGCACCCGCUGGCCCACCUCCCGCCAGAGCUGUCUGAUGUUUUCGACUUCUUCAUCGCGCUUACCAUCUGCAACACCGUAGUUGUCACGUCCCCAGAUCAGCCACGACAAAAGGUGAGAGUGAGGUUUGAGCUGAAGUCCCCGGUGAAGACGAUAGAAGACUUCCUCCGCAGGUUCACCCCCAGCCGCCUGACCGCAGGCUGCAGCAGCAUCGGGAGUCUGUCCACCUGCAAGUCCAACCACAAACCGAGCUUCCUGUCCAGCCUUUCCAGCGAAAGCACGCUUCUCAGGCUGGACGAGAGGCUGAGCCCGCCCACCCCAGCCGUCGCCACCAAUGGCUACGGCAGCCAAGUGGACGGCUGGGUCACGGAGCCUCCCCUGGAGCAGGAGCCCAAGCUAAAGCCGGAGGAGCUGGAGCUGCGGUAUGAGGCCGAGAGCCCCGACGAGGCAGCGCUGGUGUACGCAGCCAGGGCCUACCACUGCACACUGGUGGAUCGCCUGCACGACCAGGUGUCGGUGGAGCUGCCCCACCUGGGCCGGCUCACCUUUGAACUCCUGCACACACUGGGCUUUGACUCCAUCCGCAAGAGGAUGUCGGUGGUGAUCCGGCACCCGCUCACUGAUGAGAUCAGCGUCUACACCAAGGGGGCCGACUCCGUGGUCAUGGACCUCCUGCUGCCCUGCAACUCAGAUGAUGCCAGAGGAAGACAUCAAAAAAAGAUCCGCAGCAAGACCCAGAAUUUCCUCAACCUGUACGCAGUAGAAGGCCUGCGCACCUUGUGUAUCGCCAAGAGGGUUCUGAGCAAAGAGGAGUAUGCCUGCUGGUUACAAAGCCACCUAGAAGCAGAAUCCUCUGUGGACAACCGCGAGGAACUCCUCUUCCAGUCUGCCAUUCGCCUGGAGACCAACCUGCAUCUUCUGGGUGCCACAGGGAUUGAAGACCGUCUGCAGGAGGGAGUCCCUGAAACCAUCACUAAAUUACAGGAAGCAGGCCUGCAGAUUUGGGUUCUCACUGGCGACAAACAAGAAACGGCCAUCAACAUCGCAUACGCCUGCAAACUGCUGGACCACGAAGAGGAAGUCAUCACCCUGAACGCUGAAUCCCAGGAAGCCUGUGCCGCCCUGCUGGACCAGUGCCUACACUACGUGCAGUCCAGGGGCCUCCGCAGCAACCCUGAGAAGACAGACAACAAAGUGACUGUGGGAUUCUCCCCUCUCAGCCCACCCCCCUCACCCACUGCCCCCAACCCCGGCCCGAGCCUCGUGAUCGAUGGGCGAAGUCUGGCCUAUGCCCUGGACAGAAACCUGGAGGACAAAUUUCUCUUCCUUGCCAAACAAUGCCGGUCAGUUCUCUGCUGUCGAUCCACACCUCUACAGAAGAGCAUGGUGGUAAAGCUGGUCAGAAGUAAGCUCAAGGCCAUGACUCUGGCCAUAGGUGACGGAGCCAAUGACGUCAGCAUGAUCCAGGUGGCAGAUGUGGGUGUGGGAAUCUUGGGCCAGGAGGGCAUGCAGGCAGUGAUGGCCAGUGACUUCGCAGUGCCGAGAUUCCGACACCUCGAGAGACUCUUAAUUGUCCACGGACACUGGUGCUAUUCCCGGCUCGCCAACAUGGUGCUGUACUUCUUCUACAAAAACACGAUGUUUGUGGGGCUGCUGUUCUGGUUCCAGUUUUACUGUGGCUUCUCUGCGUCCGCCAUGAUCGACCAGUGGUAUCUCAUCUUCUUCAACCUGCUCUUCUCCUCGCUUCCCCAGCUUGUGACUGGGGUGCUGGACAAGGAUGUGCCGGCCCACAUGCUGCUGAGCAAGCCCCAGCUCUACAGGAGCGGCCAGAACAUGGAGGAAUACCGGCCACGGACCUUCUGGUUAAACAUGGUCGAUGCUGCCUUCCAGAGCCUGAUUUGUUUUUUCAUUCCUUACCUGGCCUACUACAAUUCGGAUGUGGACCUGUUUACCUGGGGGACGCCCAUCACCGCUAUCGCACUGCUCACCUUCCUGCUGCACCUGGGUAUCGAAACCAAAACCUGGACCUGGCUCAACUGGAUAACUUGUGGCUUCAGCAUUCUUUUGUUCUUCACUGUGGCUUUGGUUUACAACUCUUCUUGUGCGACGUGCUACCCUCCGUCCAACCCUUACUGGACUAUGCAGACGUUACUGGGCGACCCUGUGUUUUACUUGAUAUGCCUCAUAGCGCCUAUCACGGCCCUGCUGCCUAGAUUGUUUUUCAAAGCCCUCCAGGGAAGCCUUUUCCCCACCCCACUGCAGCUGGGACGCCAGUCAGCCCGGAAGUUCCCCAAGAGACUCAGCACUCCCACAGAGACUUCCCAGGGACGCCCUGGGGGGGAUGAGCACUCCACCAGGGAAAGUGUCAGCCCCCCUGCACCCCUGUCCCAGGACUGUGCCUCACACCCUUCUUGGCACACGCAGCCAGCUUGCUCCCCAGAGGCCAGCGGGGAGCCCAGCGUGGUGGACACCAGUGUGCCUUUGAGGGAUGACACCGCACUGGAGGGGCUGAGCACACAGGCCCCAGGGUCCUCCAUGUGGGGGGCAGCGGUCCCGGAAGGGUGUCCCAGGGAGUCCAAGGUGAAAUCCACGAGUGCCGGCAGGGCGGCCCCUCUGUCGUCUCUCUUCAGCCUGCCCAGCUUCAGCUCACUCAACUGGAUCUCCUCCCUGUCUCUGGUCAGCGGGCUGGGGAGUGUCCUGCAGUUCUCCCGGAGCAGUUUGCAGAUGGACAAGCCGGACGGGGACUUUCUGUCCGGCCCCUCUCAGGCAGAGCAGGACUUACGGGGACAGACCACAGACUACUUCUAGGAGCACCUCCAAGGGGUCGC